AGGAAACUGUUAAACUCUUAGAGUGCCCACAACUGUGCUGUAAAAUCUAUUAACUGCACUUUUGGCUCACGUUUUGUUUGUUUGGGUUUGUUUAUUACGUAUAUUGGAAGAAAAUGAGCGAGGAAAAUAAUAAAGAAGACUUAAAGCGCAGUGCAACGGAGGACGCGGCUGAAUCCGAACACGAUGAUGCACAGGAAGCGGAGGCAGAGAGUGAAGAUAAUGGCUGGAUUGGACCGCUGCCAUCGGAGCAAAGUGCCGCAGUGCCGGCAAAAAAAAAGAAAGUUUUGGCGUAUGAGCACAUCUUUCUGGAGAAUCUCCCUAAUGCGGAAAGCUAUGAGCGCAGUUACAUGCACCGCGACGUCAUCACGCAUUUAGUGAGCACAAAAACAGAAUUUGUGAUCACCGCCAGCAUAGAUGGCCACAUCAAGUUUUGGAAAAAAAUGGAUCUGGGCAUUGAUUUUGUGAAACAUUUUCGCAGCCAUUUGGUGCCCAUAAAAUCGCUCUCAACCAACAGCAGCGGCACUCUAUUAUGCUCAGCAGCAACCGAUGAAACAGCAAAGGUUUUCGAUGUGGUCAACUUUGAUAUGAUUAAUAUUAUACGUUUGGGCUACACGCCGCUGUGUAGCGAGUGGAUAAACUCACCCGGUGAUGCAGUACAGGGUCUGGCAAUCACUGACUCGGAGAGCAACUGCAUCCAUAUUUAUGAUGGCCAGAGUGGUGGCGAAGUCUUGCACACAUUGGACAAAUUGCAUUCAGCUCCAGUAGUUUCAAUGUGCUUUAAUGUGGCCAUGGAGACGGUAAUUUCAGUAGAUCGCAAUGGCAUUCUGGAGUAUUGGCAGAAUUCCAAACAUGACUAUAAAUUCCCACAGCGUUUGGUCAAUUUUGAAUCUAAAUUGGACACGAGUCUUUUUGAAUUUGCUAAGAAUAAGACGUUGGUAACUGGUUUAGCAGCAACGCCGGAUGGCAAACGUUUUGCCGCUAUUUCGAUGGAUCGUAAAGUGCGCGUUUUCCAGUUUAAUACGGGGAAACUAUUGCGGGUAUUUGAUGAAGCACUCACCACAUACACACAAAUGCAGCAGACACCGCAUGCGUUGCCCAAUAUGGAGUUUGGCCGUAGAAUGGCUGCUGAGCGUGAUUUGGAGAAGACGGCACAAAAUACGACGCUCAACAUACUGUUCGAUAGCACUGGCCAUUUUCUGCUCUAUCCCACAAUGUUGGGCAUUAAAGUGAUUAAUGUGGCCACAAAUCGCUGUGUCACCAUUUUGGGUAAAACCGAUAAUAUUCGCCCAUUACAAAUAGCCCUGUUUCAGGGCAGAAUCAAGCGACAAAAGGCAGCAAUUACGCUGGAGCAGGAGGCCAGUGAAAAUCCAGCAUUGCAAAAUCUACUCAAUGAUCCGACAGCCUUCUGCACGGCUUACAAAAAGAAUCGUUUUUAUAUAUAUAGUAGGCGUCUUCCAUCGGAUCUGCAGGAUGUCGAUCGUGACAUAUUCAAUGAGAAGCCAUCGAAGGAAGAUAUUAUCGCAGUGCCCGAGGCUCAAGAUGAAGUUAUUCAACGCAUCUAUGAAAAUGUGGUGCUCCACACCACUAAAGGUGACAUUCAUAUGAAACUGUUCUUCAAGGAGGUGCCUAAAUCUGUGGAAAACUUUUGUGUUCAUGCCAAAAAUGGCUAUUACAAUGGACACAUAUUCCAUCGUGUGAUCAAGGGAUUUAUGGUGCAAACUGGCGAUCCGACGGGCACGGGUACUGGUGGAAAGUCCAUCUGGGGUAAUGAUUUUAAGGAUGAGUUUGUGCCAAGCCUGAAGCAUGAUCGUCCUUAUACUGUGAGCAUGGCCAAUGCCGGUCCCAAUACAAAUGGUAGUCAAUUCUUCAUUACAGUGUUGCCUACACCCUGGCUGGACAAUAAGCACACGGUGUUUGGUCGCGUGUACCGUGGCAUGGAAGUCGUUCUCAAUAUAUGCAAUGCUAAGGCAAAUCCCAAAACAGACAAACCUUAUGAUGAUAUUAAGAUUAUAUCCAUACAUUUAAGUAAUUAAGCAAAAUGUAGCGAAAAUAUACGGUUUGAUUUUUUAUAAUCUA